AGGGUUUCAGUCACGUGAUUAUGAUGACGCGCGAGGGCGGGAAGAAGGCAGAUGGAGGGCAGGAAGUAAACAUGGAGAAUACGUCUAUAGAGGAAACCGUUGCAGAAAGUCAGUAUUGUACGGAUUUAGAUCCAGUUUCAAGACAUAGAUACAAGGAGUUAAUUAACAGAUAUGUUGGACGUGACCCGUACCUCAUGAAGAUGAGUGAGUUUUCAGUAGAACUGAAAGAUUUACCGACAGUUGAAGCUGUUGACAUCACCAACUAUCUGGUCCUUCAGACAUCGUACUACACCAGACAGCAAAUGAAGGCCUAUAAAAGUCUGGAGGCAUACAACUUUUUUGUCAACGGAUGGGUCCACAACCUCGGUGUCAAACGGCUCCACGAUGAUCAUUGUUUGGUCUUCGCCAGAGUAAACCACUCUCAGAGGUCAAGCGAAACACCUCUGAAGACCUGGAUUAUUGCGAAGGAGGCUGGAGAAAUCAUUGCAGCUCAUUGCAAUUGCAUGGCAGGACUAUCAGAAUCGUGUUCUCAUGUAGGGGCAGUUCUUUUUUCCAUUGAAGUUGGGGUAAAGAUGCGAGAUUCAGCUUCCUGCACAACAGAGCAGUGCAAGUGGCUGAUGCCAUCACAUGUAAAAAAGGUAAGGUUACACGUUCACAGCAAACCUAAUGUGGGACAGAGAAUGUUAUUUUGGGACACUGUUUAA